CCAAUUCGAAUAAACAUGUGAUUUGAUUCGAAAUUGUUUUAUGUUGUCAAAUUAUUUGAUUUUUUUUUUGCCUUCAUCAAUUGUGAUUAUCGUCACUUUUUUUGAAUUCAAAGUUUCCGUAAUGGCCACAUUAAUAACCAAUAAUAACAAUACUAAUAAUGGCAAAGCAAACGUCAAUAAUGAUGGUGUGCAUGUUGUAUUUGUUAUCGAUAUGUUGCUCAAACCACGAUUUGAUCAAUCAACCUUAAUUCAAUGUUUGGAUGCUAUUCUCGCAUUUGGUAAUUCAUUUCUAAUGCAAUCCGGAUAUAAUCGAUUGAAUAUUUUGGGAUCAAGUUCAGUAAAAAACGCUGUACUGUAUUUCGAUGAAAAUUUUACUGAUGAUGAUCAACAACAACAGCAGAAUCGAAUCAUAAUCGAAGAUCAACAGAAUGAACAAUUUGCUUUGGUCACGCAGACGUUUCAUCGUAAUUUUCUACAAUGGAUUCAAGAAUGUCGAAAUAUUUUUCAACAGACAAUAUCGGAUCAACAAACACAACAACAACAACCCGAAAUACAGCAAACAUUAACAUCAUUGUUAUCUGGUGCGCUAGCACAAGCUUUAUGCAUGAUUCAUUCUUAUAAAAAUGAGAUAAAAAAUUCCAGAAUAUUAGUGUUUAGCCUUGGAGCCGAUCAUUCGGAUACAUAUUCCUCGCAGUAUAUGAAAUUAAUCAACUGUUUUUUUGCAGCCCAAAAAAUAAAUGUCCUAAUCGAUGCCUGUUCGAUAAAUAUGAAUCGUGAAACAGAAGAAACGGUUCCAGUUUCGGCUAGUCUUGAAGAUCAAUUUGCUGCUUCAGUAUUACAACAAGGAUGUGAUUUAACCGGUGGCCGCUAUAUCCGUAUACAUAAAGUUGCAUCCAUAUUGGAACAUUUAUUCUGGUGUUUAACACCAUCGGCUGCUGAAAGACAACAAUAUGUUUUACCACCGAAACAUGAAAUUGCGCCACCUGCUGCUUGUUUUUGUCACCGUAAAGUAUUAGAUAUUGGCUAUGUUUGUUCCGUUUGUUUAUCGAUAUUUUGUCAAUUUUUACCAUAUUGUACAACUUGUAAUUCAAAUCUAUUUAAAAGUAAUUUAAAUCAAAUUUCUAAAUUGAAAUCAUCAUCAUCGACCGUAACGGUACUUCCUAAUGAAUAAAAUAAAUAAAAAAAUAUCGAUUUGAUAAAAUUCUAA